ACUCAGUUUCCGAGCAUCGUUUGGGUCCUGUGUGCCCUGGCCAGGAGGUGUUUUGGGCACCCAUUCAGUGCUGGGCAGCUGCUCAGAAGAGAAAGGUGGAGCCAGGCUCGCUGCGGGCAGCACACGCUGACAAGCCCACGGCACUGAUUAGGAGCCGCAAACAAUAUCCGCGAUUUCUCCACCCUCUGGAAAAGAUGCGUAAAAUCCCGCUGGUGGAAAACUUGUUCCCGAUACCUGGGCAGCUGCCGGCAGGCUCCUCGGCUUGAGUUUGCAUCCAGCGUGUGCAGCAGGAGGAGAGACUCACCCGGUCCCACCCCCAGCCGGACUCUGCCCUGCCCUGCCCGCCCGCGCUGCCGCUGUCCCGCUGGCCGCUCCUCGGAGCCCCGUGUGACACCGCCGGAGCUCCUGGAUGAGCAGGGACCCCCGCAGGGGUGGCACGGCCCCCCCAGCCCUCCCGACGGCCGCCGAGCCCCAGGCUGGAUCAUGCAGUGCAUCUGCAGGCAGCCCAAGCGCACCGCGUCCCAGGAGAACAUCCUGCUGGAGCAGAGCCGCAGAGUGGCCGCGCUGAAUGGCAUCAGGCUGGGCCUCAAAGAUGACAAGGACCUGAAGUUCCUCCUGAAAGGCAGCCAGCUGCUAAAAGUGAAGUCAAGCUCCUGGAGAAAGGAGCGGUUCUAUAAGCUCCAGGAGGACUGCAAAACCAUAUGGCAGGAGUCAAAGAAGGUGCUGAGAUCUCCAGAGUCACAGAUCUUCUCCAUUGAAGAUAUCCGGGAUGUGAGGUCAGGCCAUAAAACAGAAGGGAUGGAAAAGUACGCCAAGGAUGUCCCAGAGUAUCGCUGCUUUUCCAUCAUCUUCAAAGACCAGAGGAAAAACCUGGACCUCAUUGCGAGCUCAGAGGAUGAUGCCAACCACUGGAUUGCUGGCCUUGGGAAAAUCAUAGCCCACAGCAACUCCAUGAACCAGAAACAGAAACUCCAACACUGGAUUCACACCUGCCUGCGCAAAGCUGACAAAAACAAGGACAACAAGAUGAGCCUGAAGGAGCUCAAAGACUUCCUGAAAGAAGUGAACAUUGAAGUGGAUGACUACCAUGCCAAGAAGAUUUUCCAGCACUGUGACAAGUCCAAAACAGAGGCUCUGGAGGAUGAUGAGAUAGAGGAAUUUUACAAGAUACUGACAGAGAGGAAGGAAAUAGACAGCAUCUUCCAAAUGUACUCGGACCCAGAGGGGUUCAUGUCCUGCCAGAACCUGGUGAGGUUUCUCUAUGAGGUGCAGCAGGAAGAAGAUGCUGUUGUUGCUGCCCCUGCCUUAAUUCAGAGAUAUGAGCCCAAUGAAAGAGCCAAGAGGGGCAAUGCCAUGACCAAGGAUGGCUUCCUGAUGUACCUGCUGUCAGAUGAGGGGAACAUCUUCAACCCCUCCCACAGGAAAGUUUACCAGGACAUGACCCAACCUCUCAGCCACUACCUGGUGUCAUCCUCACACAACACCUAUCUCAUGGAAGACCAGAUCACAGGGCCAAGCAGCACUGAGGCCUAUAUCAGAGCCCUGACCAAAGGCUGUCGCUGUGUGGAGCUGGAUUGCUGGGACGGCCCCAACUCGGAGCCCGUCAUUUAUCACGGCUACACCCUCACCUCCAAGAUCCUCUUCAGUGAUGUCAUUAAGGCCAUCAAGAACUAUGCAUUCCAAACCUCCCCAUACCCUGUCAUUAUCUCCCUGGAGAACCACUGCAGCGUGGAGCAGCAGAAGGUCAUGGCCCAGCACCUGACCACCAUCCUGCAGGACAUGCUCUUGGUCGCCCCAGUCGAUGGAAACAAAUCCCAGUUCCCCUCCCCAGAGCAAUUGAAAGGGAAGAUCCUGGUGAAAGGCAAGAAGCUGAGCAGGCAGGAGGACCCCACCAAUGGGAACAACAACCUGGAGGCUGAGGAUGUCUCUGAUGAAGAUGAAGCAGCUGAAAUUGAAGAUGAGUCUGUGAAGACCAAGGUAGAGCAGAAGGGAAAGAGUGACACCUUGAAGCUGGCCAAGGAGCUGUCGGACACAGUUGUCUACUGCAAGAGUGUCCACUUUGAGGGCUUUGAUGACCCCAACCAUCCUCGGGCUUUCUAUGAGAUGUCAUCGUUCUCAGAGAGCAAAGCUCUGAAACUGGCCCAGGAGUCUGGAACCAGUUUUAUCCAUCACAACAUCAGGCACCUGAGCCGUAUCUACCCCGCAGGCUGGAGGACGGAUUCUUCCAAUUACAGCCCCGUGGACCUGUGGAAUGUUGGCUGCCAGAUUGUUGCCCUGAAUUUCCAGACAGCAGGCACAGAAAUGGAUGUGUACCAGGGCCGCUUCCAGGACAAUGGGUUUUCUGGCUAUGUCCUAAAGCCAGAAUUCCUCCGGGAUGAACAAACCAAAUUCAAUCCAAAAUCCAUCACAGAAGGAACUUGGGGGACAAAGAAGAAGCUGCUGCUUAGAAUAAUCUCUGGCCAGCAGCUGCCAAAGGUGAACAAAAGCAAGAACUCCAUUGUGGAUCCCAAGGUGACAAUAGAGAUCCACGGGGUCCAGCAGGACAACAACAAGAAGCAGACCAAAGUCAUCGAGAACAACGGCUUUAACCCAAACUGGAAUGAAGAGUUUACAUUUGACAUAGAGAUCCCUGCACUCGCCCUGGUCCGGUUUGUGGUGGAGGACUUUGACAUGUCGACCAAGAAUGACUUCAUUGGGCAGUACACCCUUCCCUUCACGAGUCUGAAGCAAGGUUAUCGCCACAUCCAUCUCCUGACCAAGAACGGAGACCCCUACUCCUCCUCCACCCUCUUUGUCUUCGUCAACAUCCAGGACUGUGAGUAGCAGCCUGGCUCCCCCAGGCCACAGAGAGCCUCCCUACAGACCUGGAAGGAAUUCAGUGUGUGAGAGCCCUGCCAGUGCCAGGGUCAGUCCCCAGCACCUGCCCUGGAGCAGCACUCGGUGCUCCAUAGGAUCCCUGGUGUGAGACAGCCAUCGACCUUCUCCCUGCUGCUGGAAACAUCCUGAUGCUGCUGAUGAGAUUAAUCCUUUUGUACCUGUUCAACCGAUCCAGCUGUGGUUUUAGUUCACUUUAUUUCCAUGUUUUUAACGUUGCUUUUAGCGAGAGGACAGGGACUCCUUUUUUAGCGAAGUACAGCUCUUGGGUUGGGCUUGGUCAGGCAUCUGGGCACAGCACCCAACAUCUGUGCAAGGAAAAGUCUCCCUCAGCACUGCAAUCAGUGGCCAGGUGCCAGGUGGCUCCUUGCAACUGCAGGUGUCACCCAUCUUUCACCAUAUGAAGCCCUAAACGGGGACACCAUUCCCCUCCUUUCUGUUACAGAUUAAAAAAGAAAGCUGCACUACAAAGCCCCGUGUUAUGUAACCCGAGUUUCCUUUUGUGUUGUAAUAAAAAAUACAUGAGCACUACUCUGCCUGUGUGCCUGGCUCCCAGCCAGGCCACUUUGCAUUCAAAGCCUUGCUCUCAUCCUGUGAAGGAGAAAGAAGCUGCCGAACAGCAGAUUUCCCUCUGACCCAAAGUGAAACCCACUCAAAGGGACUUCAGAGAAGGUCUUGUGCCAAAGACAGAGGGAGCAGGCUCAACUGCCAGCAGGGCUUUUUUUGUUUUGUUUUGUUUUUUAAAUACAGUAAAACUUUGUGUUUUUACAGAAAAAUGUCAUUUUUUAACAGACAGGAAGUAGAUGUUGGUCCCAGUUGCACUGUAGAGGUAACCCAGCAUGAGAAUGUUUUGAGAACAACACAGUAUUUAUGGCAAUGAGUGAUUUGUCUUCAAGUACAGCUACAGAGUUAAGGGAAUAUUGUUGAAAUAAAAUAAUAUAUAUUUUGAAGUGCCAGCUGUGUUGCUAACAGUAUGUUAGACUAUUAAAAGUUUAAAAUGAA